UUAUAAAGCCGCAGGUCGACUCGUCUCUUUCCACCUUCAGCCAUUAAUCUGACCAUGUUAGGAGCUGUGGGACGCUGCUGCACCGGAGCUCUGCAGGCUCUGAAGCCUGGAGCCCAGCCGCUGAAGGCUCUCGUCGGCUCACCAGCCGUCCUCUCACGUAGAGAGUAUGUCGCACCUGCAGCCGCUGCCAGUGUCGCAGGAGGUCGCAUCACGGCUGUGAUCGGAGCCGUGGUGGACGUCCAGUUCGAUGAGGACCUUCCUCCCAUCCUCAACGCCCUGGAGGUCGCCGGCAGGGAGUCCAGGCUAGUCCUGGAGGUGGCACAGCAUCUUGGGGAGAACACAGUGCGUACCAUUGCUAUGGAUGGUACUGAGGGUCUGGUCCGUGGACAGAAGGUUGUGGACACCGGCGCCCCCAUCAGAAUCCCAGUGGGUCCCGAGACUCUGGGCAGGAUUAUGAAUGUCAUCGGAGAGCCCAUCGACGAGAGGGGUCCCAUCUCCACCAAGCAGACUGCACCUAUCCACGCUGAGGCCCCUGAAUUCGUCGACAUGAGCGUGGAGCAGGAGAUUCUGGUGACUGGCAUUAAGGUGGUGGACCUGUUGGCCCCCUACGCCAAGGGAGGAAAGAUCGGUCUGUUCGGUGGUGCCGGUGUGGGCAAGACUGUGUUGAUCAUGGAGCUGAUCAACAACGUGGCCAAGGCCCACGGUGGUUACUCCGUGUUCGCCGGCGUGGGAGAGCGUACCCGCGAGGGAAACGACUUGUACCAUGAAAUGAUUGAGUCUGGCGUCAUCAACCUGAAGGACACCACCUCUAAGGUGGCGCUGGUGUACGGACAGAUGAACGAGCCCCCAGGCGCCCGCGCCAGAGUGGCUCUGACUGGACUGACCGUAGCCGAGUACUUCCGUGACCAGGAGGGUCAGGAUGUGCUGCUCUUCAUCGACAACAUCUUCCGCUUCACACAGGCCGGCUCCGAGGUGUCUGCCCUGCUGGGUCGUAUCCCCUCCGCUGUGGGUUACCAGCCCACUCUGGCCACUGACAUGGGUACCAUGCAGGAGAGAAUCACCACCACCAAGAAGGGCUCAAUCACAUCUGUGCAGGCCAUCUAUGUGCCCGCUGACGAUCUGACUGACCCUGCCCCCGCCACCACCUUCGCUCACUUGGACGCCACCACCGUGUUGUCCCGCGCCAUCGCUGAGCUGGGUAUCUACCCCGCCGUCGACCCCCUGGACUCAACCUCCCGUAUCAUGGACCCCAACAUCGUCGGCCACGAGCACUACGAUAUCGCCCGUGGCGUGCAGAAAAUCCUUCAGGACUACAAAUCCCUGCAGGACAUCAUCGCCAUCCUGGGUAUGGAUGAGUUGUCUGAGGAGGACAAGCUGACCGUGGCACGCGCCCGCAAGAUCCAGCGUUUCCUGUCCCAGCCCUUCCAGGUGGCCGAGGUCUUCACCGGCCACAUGGGAAAGCUGGUGCCCCUCAAAGAAACCAUCAAGGGCUUCCAGAGCAUCCUCGGCGGCGAGUACGACAGUCUGCCCGAGCAGGCCUUCUACAUGGUCGGCGCCAUCGAGGAAGUGGUCGAGAAGGCCGCGAGGAUGGCUGAAGAGCUCGCGUAAACAAUCUACCUGUUGAGAGGGAGAGAAAACAAGAAGGAGGGGUUCUGCGGUUAGGAGCACUUGGUUUGUAAAACAUGUCAAAAUAACAAAUGUACCUGUCUCGUCAUCCUGAAAGAAAAAGUUCUAUUUAAUGUUUCCAAUGAAAGAUGGAAUAAAACGCUGUCUUUACACAAAAAACAAAAACUCGUCAACUGUAUAUUUCCUAUAUGCUUUAAUAGUCGUUGUUCCGAGUAGUGGAUUUCAUGAAAUGGCUGUCCUCAUCCACUCUGACCACAAGAUGGCAGUCUCGAGUCAUGUUGAGCGCUGAUCUGAACUGUGUUGCAGCUUUUGUCAAGUACUGAAAUAAAAGUGGACAAAUGAU